UCCCCACUGUUUAAAUACAAGUGCAUUCGAUGAUAGCCAUUUUUUAAACUUAUCGAUGUAUCUAUUAGAAAUAAAACUGAACAUAAAAAUAUAUCUAAAAGACAGAAUUCCCAAAGUCCAAUAACUCCAUACAUUAUCUUGAUAUUAAAACAUAGUCUUUAUUUUAGUACAUGGUUUAAAGCAGGGUUUAAUAAAAGAAGCUUCAAAAUAUCUGUAAUAAAAACGGCCUCAAUGCAGAAAUCUUUAUUCAAAGGAAAAGUUAGAUCGGUAACAUAAACAUCACCCUUUCAGAAUACUGGCAGCGAAAAGAACCAAUCCAGUGUCCGUCCGUGUUUUGUAACAGCCAAUCAGCGUCCUGGAUUCACUGUAUGCGGAAGUUGCUACGUUUCACAUUGCUCAGUUCAAUUGGAAGCUUUCCGCGUUGAAAAAUGUCCCAAUAACUUAUCACUAAAACUCACAGAGCAGAUUUUAUUAAUGCCGUUUUCUGGUAUAAGUACAUUUAACAUUGCUAACUGUUCCAAAGUUACAGCUUAAUGACAUUAUUAUUCACGUGUUAGCCUCAUGGCUCACUCCUCGACCGUAUGCAGGAUGUAUUUCAUGUCAAAUUCAAGCAGCUAAGGUGAAGCUAGGCGACCACUGAAAGGGGCGCUGGUAGUGGGGACUUGCAGCAGCGGGGUUAGGGAUGGAGCCGAAUCCAGCAAAGCGGCUCCGGACGGCGGAGGAAGAGGGAGGAGAAGUGAGAGAAAGCGGAGGAGGAGAGCAGACAGAGGCGGAGAGGAGGAAGACGGCGGAUGUGAGUAUCAUCAUGCCGGUGCACAACGCAUCAUGUUGGCUGGAGGAGUGUCUGCAGGCCAUAGUGCACCAAGACUUCACCGGCUCCAUGGAGCUCUCCGUGUUUGAUGAUGCAAGCACAGAUGAGUCCAGGAAAGUGGUGGAGGGCUGGAGGGAGAGGAUGGAGGAUCGGGGAAUCUCAGUGGUGAUCUCAGGUCACAGUUCUUCCCAACCCAGAGGAGUGGGAUUUGCAAAGAACAAGGCAGUGACUCAGAGUAGUGGACGGUACUUGUGCUUUCAGGAUGCGGAUGACAUCAUGUUGCCCCAGAGAGUCCGUUUGCAGUAUGAAACAUCUAUCCUCCAUCCAAACUCUCUGAUUGGCUGCGGGGUCCAGCGGCUGCCGGAGGGAUCUACGGAGCGCUACGCCCGCUGGAUCAACUCACUGACUCGGGAUCAGCUCCUCACUCAGGCAUACACCUCCCAUGGACCCACAGUCGUCAUGCCAACAUGGUUCUGCUCAAGGAAAUUGUUCAUGAAAGUCGGAUUGUUUGACGAAGGAGGCAAGGGAGUCCCGGAGGAUCUGCUCUUCUUCUACCAGUUCCUUCGUCAGGGAGGCUCUCCGCUCAGGCUGGACCAGCGCCUGCUGGUGUAUCGGUACCACGAGGCGGCUGCGACUCAUUCUGUGAUCGAGGAGACUAUCUGGAAGCUGCGCGUCGACUUUCUGCAGGAGAGAGUCCUGAGCCAGUGGGAAAACUUCACCAUCUGGAACGCCGGGAAGCAAGGGAGGAAGCUCUACCGAAGCCUGAGCCUGACCAAUCAGAGGAAGGUCAAAGCGUUCUGUGAUGUGGAUGAAAACAAAAUUCAGAAGUGUUUCUACACAUAUGAGGAGUCCAAGGAGAGACCAAAGCCUACAGUCCCUGUCCUGCACUACAAAGAGGCCACAGGCCCCUUCAUUAUCUGCGUUAAACUGGACAUGACAGGAGGAGUCCUGGAGGAAAACCUCAACGCUUUGCAGCUGAGGGAAGGAACGGAUUACUACCAUUUCAACUGACGGCUCGACGUGCUGCAGGAGACCACAGGAGCCCCACAGGUUAAACAGACAGAGGAAUGCAGAAGACUGAUUUAUGAAAACAUAAACACAAACUCAGAAGAUGGGGUGUUUAUAACGGGGAGGUGAAGCGAAAGCAGCAGCACUGGACUGAAGGACAAAAACAAGAGGAAUUGAGCAGUUUAUGUUGUGUAAUAAAAAGGGCCUCUUACUGUGUAAAAAGGUAGUUUAACUUGGCAAGUUUGACAAGUCUUGUUCUCUGCUUCUCUCUCACUUUUUCCACCGUUUCAAAUUCGUUACUUUUGGCUCUUUAUGUGGAGGUUUUACAGUAAAUUUCUCGUUUUAGGGAAACAUGCUUUAACGUUUUGUCUUUCCUGGUUAAGCAGAAUUAGAGUGAAACUGCAAAAGCGAAACAGGUUUCAUAAGGUAUAUGAAGUGAUAAAGCGUGAAACCGCGCAGGAACCAAGCAGCCCCUGUUGAAAACUUGCUCAGGUUGUUGAUUGUGUAGAAAAGAUUGAUUUAUUAUUUCUAAAAUUUCAUGAAAGUGACUACAGGUGCAUCUCAAUGACUAAGAACUUAAUCACAAAGUUUAUUUCUCUAACUUACCAUAUUUUCUGCACUAUAAGGCGCACCUAAAAACCUUCAAUUUCCUCAAAAACCGACAGUGCGCCUUAUAA